UUUUUUCCUGAGAUGCGGUCUUCCAGUCAAUGGAUGACUGACCGAUCACCAAGGUGUUUUUUUUAAGUCCGCAGGCCUUAAGGGGGUAAGGGUUUGGGUCCCUUAAAUGUUACCCCCUUUCUGAGUGGCAGUGGCUUGCCAGCCCCUAUGAAUGCUGGGAUUAGAACAAAGCCUCCCUUGCUGCAAUGCAGCUACUAACUCGUGGACUGAGAUUCUCCCACGAAAUGCGGUAAAAAUAACCGUCACAGUCCGCCACCUUGGGUUAUCUUUCCCGUAUUCAACUCCUGGGCAGCGUACGCACUCUCCAACGAACCAGCGCACCAGUGUACCCGGCCGCACACACAAACAAAACCAACCGUUGAACAAACAGCCAAAGACCCGCGUUGCCUACACCAAAACCCCGCCUCGAAAACUCAGCAACAAAGCGCUUCACAAUCGAAUAAACCGCAGCACAGUACAAUGGUCGUUCGCAGUUUGUAUUUUUCCUUGCGUAGAGGUGAAAUUAUGGAGUCGCACCUGUUCUGUAGCCCGCUGUAUAGUACCUGUCGACCACUGUUCGGUAAGCCUUCUCCUCCAAGUCGGCCAUGUUGGAUCUGGGCGCGUCCAUUCCCCGUCCCAGGGGAGGGGUUAGCAGUGGUAUCUCCCACCCAGAUCCAAGAUGGCGGCCGCAACUGAAGAUCCGGCGAUUCUGAGAAGAAAUCGUCCUGGGACGAAGGCGCAGGACUUUUACAACUGGCCGUAUGAGCCGUUUGAAGAAAUGGACAGCACGCUGGCUGUACAACAGUUUAUCCAGCAGAACAUCCGACAGGACCACAACAACAUCGAUAAGAUCCUGGAACCUCCAGAGGGACAGGACGAGGGCGUCUGGAAGUAUGAACAUCUCAGACAAUUUUGCCUGGAGCUGAACGGCCUGGCAGUCAAGUUACAGACCGAGUGUAACCCUGAGACCUGUACCCAGAUGACAGCUACAGAACAGUGGAUCUUCCUCUGUGCAGCUCACAAGACACCAAAAGAGUGUCCAGCCAUAGACUACACCCGUCACACACUAGAUGGUGCAGCCUCACUACUCAACAGUAAUAAAUACUUCCCCAGCAGAGUGAGUAUAAAGGAGUCAUCAGUAGCUAAGCUGGGUUCCGUGUGCCGCAGAAUCUACAGGAUAUUCUCACACGCCUACUAUCAUCACAGGAACAUAUUUGACGAGUUUGAGAAUGAGACCUGCCUGUGUAAGCGGUUCACGGUGUUUGUAACCAAGUACAACCUGAUGUCCAAGGACAACCUCAUCGUGCCCAUUCUAGAGGAGGGACCUGGGGAGAGCGAAGCUUAAAUGGGGAGCAUUCUACGGAAGUUUAGCCUGUUAACAGAUUUACACAAGAAGCUCCAUUUUACAUUGAACCUGAAGCCUAACUGGAAAGGGACCUGGGGAGAGUAAAACUUAAAUGGGCCUGGGAGAAGUUGAGUCUAAAGGGGGCUAGGGGAAG